UCGCCAAUCAAGGCGCUCUUCACAGAUAUUCUCUCUUUCGGACACAGCAGGGUUUUGUAUUUUCCACCCACUCGUUAGCGUGUGCCAUGUUUGCGGAAGUUGAGUUGAUUACUGUGUCAUUUGAACGAAAUGUAGCAAAUAAUCUUCACGUUUAAACAAAUACAUUUGCAGAUUAUUUUGUUUGUGGCCGUCCGAAAAGAAUGAUGACGUUACCAAAGGGACCCGAUUCUUUGUGUUUCGACAAAGACGAAUUUAUGAAGGAUGACUUCGACGUGGACAAAUUUGUGGCUGAUUGCAGAAAGCGUGUCCAGCUGGAAGAGAUGCGUGAAGAUCUGGAGCAAUAUUACAGGCUUCUCAAAACAGCCAUGGUCGAGCUUAUCAAUAAAGACUAUGCAGAUUUCGUUAACCUUUCCACAAAUCUUGUUGGAAUGGAUAAAGCCCUUAAUCAGCUCUCUGUCCCUCUGGGCCAGUUACGCGAAGAGGUGCUGAGUUUGAGAUCCUCUGUGAAUGAAGUUAUUGAAGCUAUAGACACCCAGCUAUCCAAGCAAGAUGACAUUCAAAAAAAGAAGCUCUGUGUGUUAAGACUUAUCCAAGUUGUGAGAUCAGUGGAGAAGAUUGAGAAAAUUCUUCACCAAAACACUAAAGAUACAACAUCACUUGAGACCAGCAGUCCUCUUCUGGCAGGUCAGAUUCUAGAGCGGAUUGCCACCGAGUUCAACCAGUUACAGUUUCAUGCAGUCCAGAGCAAAGGAAUGCCAUUGCUUGAUAAAGUCCGACCGAGAAUAGCAGGUAUCACAGCUAUGCUUCAGCAGUCACUGGAAGGCUUACUGAUCCAAGGCCUGCAGACGUCAAAUAUAGAUAUCGUACGGCAUUGCCUCAGGACAUAUGCUACCAUAGAUAAGACGAGGGAUGCAGAGGCACUGGUCGGACAGGUCUUAGUCAAACCAUACAUGGAUGAGGUUAUAGUUGAACAAUUUGUCAAAUCCAACCCUAACGGUCUUAAAAUGAUGUAUGCAAAGCUGUUGGAGUUUGUGCCUCACCAUUGUCGACUGCUGCGAGAGGUGACUGGUGGGGCAAUCUCUAGUGAUAAAGCAGACAUUGUUCCAGGAUAUGACUUCCUGGUGAACUCUGUUUGGCCUGAGAUCAUUAGAGGUGUUGAGGAAAGAGUCCUUUCCCUUUUCAAUCCUGGAAACCCAGAUGCAUUUUAUGAGAGAUACACUGUCAGCAUGGAUUUUGUUCGUAAGUUUGAGAGGCAGUGUGGUUCCCAGGCCAGCGUGAAGAGGCUGCGAGCACAUCCGUGCUACCAGAGCUUCCAGAACAAAUGGAACCUGCCAGUGUACUUCCAGCUGCGGUUCAAGGAGAUUGCUGGAAGUCUAGAAAAUGCCAUUUCUGAUGGACUAGAGGCAGCUCCAGCGGGCAGCAGCUACCACCUGCAGGUGACCGAAGUGUUGUGGAGCUGUGUGUGCAGGUGCUGGGCUGACCAGGUGUACCUGCCACCGCUUGCUCAUCGAUUUUGGAAACUAACGCUUCAGCUGAUUACCAGAUACACCACCUUCCUUACUGAGGUCCUAACGAAAACACCUCCUCCAGAGACUAGCAAAGAUUCGAUAAGGCCGCUCCCAAGCUCUGCCUCCUCCACAUCCAGUCGCACAUCACAGGAUGCAGACAGCGAAACUGGCAGCCCCAACGUUUUGUCUACCAAGAAGCUCGUCUUCAUUGCAGCUGAUGUUGAUAAGUUACAAGGACAGAUUCCAGAUAUCUCUGAGAUGAUCAAGGCAAAAUUGGAGAGUAUUGGGUUCAAAAACUUUGCCAUUGUUUCAGAAGCCUUGCAGGAUUCCAGUGCAUCCCUGUCCAGCUGCGUCCCCACACUGAACAGCAGAAUGACUCAGCAUCUAACAGAAAGGAGCAUUCGUUUCCUGAAAAACGCUUCGGAAGUCCCACGACUUUAUCGAAGGACUAACAAGGAAGUGCCCACCAGAGCCUCAGCCUAUAUGGAAAACGCACUUCAGCCACUCCAUCAGCUGGUGACCGACUCCAAAAAAGUGGUGAAAGACUCCAUUAUUCAGGAGUGGCUCCGGGUCACACUCUCAGACUGCACCCAUAGGUAUUUUGAGACUAUAUCAGAUGUGCUAAGCUCAGUGAGGAAGAUGGAGGAAAGUCUAAAGAGGUUGAAACAGGCUAGGAAAACGACCACCACCAACACCAUAGGUGUCAAUGCAGGGCCAUCAGAUGACAGUAAGAUCCGCCUGCAGCUGGCACUGGAUGUGGAGUAUCUUGGAGAGCAGAUUGAGAAGAUGGGUCUUCAGCCAAGUGACAUCACCAUGUUCUCUUCUCUGCUGGAACUGGUACAGGAAGCAAGAGAUCUCGCUUCAGUGGAGCAGACGGGGUCCUAAACCACAAUGAUCAAAAGUAGGGUCCAAAAUGGUUACUGAUCCGAAUGAUGCCACAUGGCUCAGUAUAUGCUCCAGGAGUGGUUUUAUGAAGUUCUGCCAUCCCUCAACCGUUCUAAUAGCAGCUAUCUCAACCUGUCUGGAGAAGGAGCACACUAAAAGAAUGUGAUUUACUCUCUGAUAAGUUAUUUAUUGUUGAACUAUAUGGGAUAAUAUGGCCAGAAAAGUCAUAUAAUUUAUGGAUCAAACUUAUUGGAGAAAAGAAUAGAGUUUUUUGUAUGACACUCAGCAUAUACUAUAAGCUUAUAAGUGCUAUAAGCUCUCGUGUCCUGUCAUAUGUGGUUACAUCAAAACAUUGCACUCAAUACAGGUGUUUGACUGGAGUUGUAUCUCAGAAAUUUUUCUCCUCAGACAUUAGCUCUGGUGAACCCUGCCAAAUAGCAUCAACAGUGCAAACGCUAAAGAGGUUUAAUGCUCAAAUUACCUCUGUUUUUCUUCUCUUUUUUUUUUAAAUAUCAAAAUGGGUGUUGGAGUUUGUGUUUCACUGGGUAAGAAUGGCACUACUAAGAUUUAACAAUAAAAAAUGAGGAUAGUAUGAAA